AUGGAUCUGCCGAUAUUGUCGUACGACGAGACCGAAUGGGCGAAGACGCACACUGGAAAUAAAGUGAACAAGAAGCACGCGAUCGCCGGAACUCAGAAUAUUAUCAUUGCCGGAAAAGUGGGUCACCGUCCGAUUUUGGCCGAGACCAUAUGCUCAAAAUGCCAAUUCAGACGAUAAUCGAGCAGGGCGUCUCGAUUCGCGGCGACCUGGCGACGGUGAAAAUCGGAAAGUAUUGUGUGCUCAAGACGAGAUGCGUCGUCCGUCCGUGCCUCAAAAUGUUCAGCAAAAAGCCGACGAUCUGCAAUGUGAUCAUCGGCGACUACGUUUAUAUCGAGGAGGUAAGUAAUGUUCUCUCAAAGAGCAUCUCUUCUCUCAAUCUCUUUGCUUCUCCGAUUUCCUCUUUUUCUGAACUGAAAAAGUCUAGGCUGUCCAUCCGGGCAAGAAAAUAUCCAUUUUUGCAAAACGGCGCUGGAUUUCAACAAAAUCGAAUCUAAAGUUUCAUUUUAUUCGCUCACGUGAGAAUAAUGUUUAUUUGUGCGCAAAAAUGAGAGUUCCGGUGCAAUUAUCUUGUGGGUGAAAGCUCGUUUUACGAAAAUAAAGAACACGUUCGAGAUUCUGGAAGAGAGAUCUUUACAUAAACUGGCAGUUCCAAACAGUGCCAACGUGGUUCUCAGGAUUUCGAACGUUUUCUCCAUUUUGGUAAAUUGCAAAACUACUCUGGAUCUCGAGAGUUAUCGUGUAACCAAGUACAAGAAGACUGCAAAGUUUGGGCCCGAUCGGAAAAGUGCUUGCGAACUAUAUCUAGGCCUUGUUCUGAGCGAAAUUCCUGAAAUUCGAAUAUUUCAGGAUUGCGUGGUGAACGCGUCGCAGAUCUUCGCGUUCGUGCACCUGGGCGCCCGUUCGAUCCUCGGCAACGGCUGUGUGAUCCGCGAGUGUUCGCGAGUUCUUCCGGAUACCGUCGUCCCGCCCGACGCCAUCUUCCCACCCUUCUCCACGAUCGCCGGCAAUCCAGGUACAGUAUCCCGCCAGCUGAUCCCUUUUGAAAGUCCCCCCAUUUUGCAGCGCGAGUGAUCGGCUCCGAACCGCUGUGCACCGAGAAUCUGAUGACGGAGGCGUUGAUGAUGUACUACGACAACUUUGUGCCGCAGCAGAGAGCCGCAUUCGCAUGA